UGUCAUGACGUGGUAGGCGGGGUUAACCGUCAGCUCUUAAAUCUGAUUGGAUUGUAGCCUUUUGAAUUGAUUAUUAAACUGGCUGUCAAAACACGGGACAAGAAGAGAGCAAAGAAGGUGUCUGAAGAAAUGAGGACGACUGAGUUUGACUCUUCUUCUGAUGACGAUGAGGUGGAAGAAGAGCAACAUACUCCGCUCCACGUUAGCUGGUUACCUCUCUCUGUAGUUGAGUGCUCACAGUACCUUGGAAUAUGUGCACUGCCAGGUUGCAAAUAUAAAGAUAUCCGCAGGUCUCUGCAGAGAGAUGUUGAUGAGCUAAAGAACCAGGGGGUGCAGGAUCUAUUUGUUUUCUGCACUAGAGGGGAACUUAACAAAUACAGAGUCCCCUCCCUCCUGGAGGUCUACGAGCAACACGGCUUCACAGUUCACCACACGCCUUUCCCCGACGGCGACGUCCCUGAGCUGGAGCAGUGCUGUCAGAUCCUGGCGGAGCUGCAGGUCUGCCUUCAGAGAAACAGGAGGACGCUGAUCCACUGCUACGGAGGCCUGGGGCGGUCUGCUUUAAUCGCUGCCUGCUUGCUGCUCCAGCUCUCAUUGACAAUGACGGCCAACAAAGCCAUCGAGAUCCUCAGAGAGCACAGAGGAGGAGGAGCAAUACAAACAGUGAAGCAAUACAACUUUCUUCACGAGUUUCGGGAGAAGUAUACCGCCUAUAAAGAGAGCAGAGAGGCGUCCACAGAGCGAUCUGUGUCUCGGUGAUUCUGGUUUAGUUCUUUGGAUCAUGGAAAAAAAUCUCUUUAGACAUUUGCAUUAACUUCUCUUCGUGUGGGAUUUUUAACUCUACAACUGCUGCAAAAUUCAAAUUCAAAAGAAUCAUAUAUUGCUUCCUUUGAGCUUUUAAAUAAGCCAAGAUGUUUGAUCUGGAUAUUCGUUUGGGUUACAUGCAAGAUAUUGCUGUGUUCUUUUGAUCAAAUCUUUAAAAAAUGUAAGCCUUUCUUUGUAAAAAUAAAAAUGUGAAGUAUCUGUGGUGCGACUUCCAAAGAA